GCCAACGCUUUAACCACUAGGCUACCCGACCGCCCUAUCAUAAUAAGUAAAUCCCUAUCAUAAUAAGUACAUCCCUAUCAAUAAGUACAUCCCUAUCAAUAAGUACAUCCCUAUCAUAAUAAGUACACCCCUAUCAUAAUAAGUACACCCCUAUCAUAAUAAGUACAUCCCUAUCAAUAAGUACAUCCCUAUCAUAAUAUGUACAUCCCUAUCAAUAAGUACAUCCCUAUCAUAAUAAGUACAUCCCUAUCACUAAGUACAUCUCUAUCAAAAAGUACAUCCCUAUCAUAAUAAGUACAUCCCUAUCAUAAUAAGCUCAAACCUAGAGCAAGGCUACCUGUAGAUUUAACUUCGCUGAAUUGAAUUUGGGACCGACCUCACAGCAUGAGGUUUCAAAUUCUACAAUCUAGCUCACUGUUGUCCGCCAAACUUGAAAAACACUCUCUUAGUUGAUUUUUAUGGGUUUCCUUCAUUCUCAUCGUGUAUUCCCUCACACACUUUGACUAAUGUAGUAUCCGAAACCGAUGAUUAUACAUAUAUUAUUUCAAAAUGCCUACCAGUAAUGAUUUAGAAACAAGUUAUUUUCCAUUUAUAUUAGUUUCUGCUGUACUGCGGCCGUCAAAUCAGCUGUUUCAGUCAGAAGUGGAUAUUAUGAUUUGAAACCUUUAAUUGGCAAAUCACAAUCGAGUAUUUUCCAAAUGCAUGGACAUUCAUUCUUUGUAUUUCUAGUUUACAGGUACACAUAGUUACUAGACCACAAGGCACAUAUCUCAGAACAUGCGUCGUUGGACCUCAGCCGCACGAAUUCAAUAUCUAAAAUGGCAGUCGCCUUCAAGUACUGGAAAUUCAAGAAACGUGUUUUUUGCCUUGGCACGCUGAUACUAAUGGGUAUCUAUUACGGAGCGUUGGAGUUUCGUCAUUUGCAAUACCGUACACAGGAGAGGUAUCUUGCAGGCAGGCUUCAUUUAAGACCUCAGCUGGAAAAGAAAAGAUUCGUCAACCUUUAUUUCCAGAAACUGCUGAAUCUGAUCAUGACUUGGUUCAUUAUCAAGAACGAUAAUCAAUUGGACAAACUGUUGAACAAACAUAGCUUCGUGUUUGGUUUGAAUUCGAGACAGUGUCUCAAUGUUUCUAUCGGUGUUUUGAUUGUUGUACAUUCUGAUCCCAGCAAUGUUGAGAAACGAAGUGUUAUACGAAACACAUGGGGAUCAGUGACCACGUUUAGAAAUAUGCCAGUUGUGUGUGUGUUCAUGAUGGGAGAACGAAACAACAUUCAACAAGAAAUUGUCCAAGAGUCCAUAUUGUUUGGAGACAUUGUUCAAGGGAAUUUUAAAGACAGUUACAAGAACUUAACGUAUAAACAUAUAAUGGCUCUUCAUUGGGUAACUACUCAAUGUCAUGACGUGAGAACUAUUGUCAAAAUUGACGAUGACGUGUUUGUCAAUAUUUUCAAAUUGGUAAACUUUUCGCUAACUACUGGACACUUGCACAACAGUUUGUACUGCACAGUUUUACAGACUGGUCGGCCAUUUCGAAAAGAAGGAAAAUGGAUUACCAGUAGGGAGGAAUAUCCUUUCGAAUUUUUCCCCACUUACUGUGAAGGUAUGGCCUAUAUUUUAUCAGUGGAUGAAGCGAAAAGGUUGACAAAAGCGUCUGAAAAUACGCGAUUUUAUUGGAUAGAUGAUGUUUACGUCACAGGUAUUCUUGCACACAAGGCUGGAAUUGGUCACACACAAUUCGAAGAUUUACAUACAUCGUUUCGAGCUCCAUCAUUAGAAAGCUGCAGUGAAGGUUUGAAUAUGAACGCAAUGUUCUAUCAUGAAUUAAAGAAUUGGACGUUGUUAUGGCGGAUGUGUUUUGACAAAAACGUUAACCUGUAACGAGUAUAUAUAGUCAUGUGGUAUAAGUUCCAACACCAAUGCACCUUUUGCAUCAUGGCUUUUCCUUGAAAUGCUUAAUAUUCUCCGAAAAAUCCCAGUGAGAAUACUCAUGACAGUAUUAUUCAUGUUUCAUUAUAUUACAUCAUACAGUAUUUUUUUUUCAUUUACAAACGUUUGAAGGAAAAGUAAAUACACGCAUAUAUUUAGAUAAUUGCAUGUCGCUGUUUAUUUGUAUAUAAUGGGACAGAAAUCAUAAUGAUAUUAAUACACUUUUUACACAUUUAUUUGUCUGAUGAUCCUCUUGUGAAGCAUGUCAAGACUCAUGAUGAAAACAAGGCAUUCCACAGUUUGCUUAAACGAGUCAAGGAUAUGGGGCAUAAUCUCAAUGUCAUUGUUUAUUUUGUUGAUGGUUCUGUACUGCUGACGGUAAGGAAAUAAAAUGUCAACCAAGCGAGAUGCGAUAUCAA